AUGCUAUUGAGUAAAAAGCACGCUGCUAUUUAUUACAAUACCGAAAGCGAAGGCGAGACCGUCUACUGCUACCUCACGGAAGAGCAAUUGAAGACUAUCUACAAGCGUUUUGGCUAUCCUUUAGCAGGUCGAUUUGCUGCUGUUCUCAAGAAGGCCGAGCACGAAUUCAAACGAGAUUUGCUUUACAACAUCCAAAACGUCGGGCUAGUAGAACGCUACCACGUCCUUGUACGACGCGCCUUUAAGAUCGUCACAAAGGAGCUUCCAAAAGCCUCAAGGGAGGACCGGCUUCAAAUGGCUAUUAAAGCUAUCAACGAUACAGCUAGACCUAAUAGCUUGGUUCUUACACUCUUCGUUUUUAACACCUUACUAAGGCUGACGGAACAAGAUCGACCUGCCGCUAUCCCGACUGUGCCCGACGAAGAAGAGGACGAUUCUUACGUUCUAUUCACUAAGGACUCCGAGGUGUUGAUUAUCGACAAGGAACGCCGAGACUAUAAGCUCUUAGCCAAGCUACGAGCCGAAAGAAUCAUCAAGAGCCCCGGAGCACUAUUUCAAGAGUCUAAAGCAAAAGAAUUAGCUGGAUUGAUAGCCUAA